GGAGCGGAGCGGCGGGCUGCCUCCUGCUUGGGUCGUCGCCUAAAAGUCUCCGGGGCCAGUUCCGAGUCCCCCCCCGACGGCCGCUUUUCUUCGGUUGGCUGGGUGCAACAGCCGAGGCAUGGAUUGGGACACACGGCUCAGUUCUAUAUUGGUUGAAACAGACAGCAACAUGGCCAAAAUUAAGCAACAUCUAAACACAGACAGCAUCUCUUCCAAAGUGGGCAGAAUAAAUAUUGGGAGUGCUGUUCUGACUCAGCCACAGACUGGACUACCACCCUUGCAUUUCACAUGUGGAACUCACCUAUGCUGUAGAAUGGCCAACGAGGAGCUUUCAACUAUGAGCCAGCAACUACAUUCACAAGCCCAGAUUAUAGAGUCACUCACCCAAGCAGUAUGUCGGCUCAAACAAGAGAAAGAGCAGCAACAGCAGAGUAUCAAUCACCUAGAAGAUGAAAUGGAUCGCCUACAGCAUAAUUCGCCUGGUGGCCUUGAAUCAUUGCUGGGAUGCAGCAUGAAAGGAAUGAAGAGUGAGUUCCGCAGCGUUCAGCAACAGGUGCUUCAUCAGUCAGAUGGGGAUUGUACUCCUGAUCCGUUUUCCUGUCCUGGCGUCAUGCAAGAUAUGCUGGAGAGUAAAAAAAUCCUAUGGCAAGAAUACGAGUGCAUCAAGAGAGAGAUAGAACAGCUGAAACAUAAACUUGAUUGCCAAGAAGAUGAACUAUACAAUCAAGUUUCUGCAACUCAUGAGAUUAAGAGAAUCCAAAACCGGUACUGUAAGAUGUUGGAAGAAUUAAUAAACACUCAUAAAACUCAGGUUCAGGAUUUUGACAAAACAAGGAAUGAAACUCAGAACACUCAACAGGAGCUCAGUGUUGUCAAAUCUACAGUGACUGAUCUAAAAGAACAGGUGAAAUGUCUCAGCUCAGAAGACAAGUAUACUAUGCAACCCAAGGAGGAUAGCACUGAUCUGGAAAAGAAUGAAGAAUUACUGCAUGAAGACUUGUCCUUCUCCUUUAGUAGUGAUGAUUCCAUCUCUGAGUUCAGUCUCACAGAUGUCAGCUCAGACGAACUUUUCAGUGAAUCAGAAGUUGUACAACUUACUGAUAACAAGGUUUCUUUACCAAGUUUGAAACUGGAGAAUAUCCCCGGAGAGGCCAUUGGUGGCACGUUGGAGACGGCAGAAAUCAGCAGUGAAUUAUCCACCAGUUUGCCUGAGCUCAACUUCAGUGACUUUUAAAGGAUCACUUAAGGGCUGCCUCAUGCUUUUUAAUGAGGAAACAAAUUAAAGAGAGAAAAACAUAAGGUGUUGUUUUCAACAUGCUAAGCUGCUUUUGUACAGAUGUUGCAUGAGGUAGAAGGAGGAGGAGGAGUGAUCUUAGCCCAUAUCCUGGGUCAUGUUGGUACAUCAGGAUUAGGUUUGGAAUCAUUUCAACGAUUGUUAAUAGCAUGCAGUGACUCUUUCUGGAAAUGAAAAUGAAAAAAAAUGGUAUUAAUGAACCCCAAUGUACAUCAAAUAUAAUAUAUCUCUUUCUUUCAAAUACUUAACAUAGUCUGUAGCCUAACACAGGCAGGAAAAAUGUUCUGACAGUUAAUUCAUCUUAAACUACAAAGCCUGUUAAUUUGGUCAGUAUUUAUAACCCAUGAAUGAAGCAUCUACUAAAGGACAGAAGAGCCUUUACUGUAUUACAUAUAUAAAACCAUUACUUUGCCACAUGUACCAGCAGGUGAUUAAGACAAACUUUGCUAUGUAUGGAUGCAUGUUAGCUUUGUGAUAGUAGACAAAUUUUCGGGGCAGUGUGGUUCAUCAUGUCCUUUUCAGGAGCAGCUGGAAUUGUUGAACAAUUCUGUGUGCACCCAUCUUGUUUUCUUCGCCACUGAGCUGCUACACUGUAGUCUUUGGAGUCAUAAGGGAACUAAUUUGUCUAAGUGACAGUAUUGUCCAAGGUUACUGAUUUUGGAUUAGGUGGGGAAGAAAUCAGUGUAACUUCUUAAUUAUCAUGCCUUGGGUCAUUUUCAGUGCGUGGCAAAUGUUAGAACAAAAUCGAAGAGUCAUGCUAUAGUUAGGUUUUUAUCCAAGCUAAAACUAAGCCUACACUAUUUAAGUCAAUGAGGCAAUAUGUCAACGUACCUAUGGAUUUCUGAUUCUCCUUAGGUUGCAUUGUGUCACUACACUUUUGAACAGAAGAAUAUUGCAAUAAAGGUUACUUUUUCCUUGACAGCUUUAUGGUUAAAAUCAUACACACAUGGCAAGACAUCCUUGCAAUUUUUAAAGUCAAAAGAUUUCCAGUUGUGGGAAUUAUUAACAGAAAAAUCAUGAAUGUAUGAAAACUAAAACUACAGUAUAAGAAUAUAGCAUAUUAGAUAUCUCUAAUCUUACAUCUCUCAAAUGUGUAGUCUUUGCAUUUUUGUUAAAGUUUGGAUUUAAUUUAUGCAGUGAUGCAUUCUUCUCAUUGAUCGGACUACCCACAGAUUUAAAAAAACAACUUAAAAAAUAAGGCAUGUUUUCCUUCCCAGUGUUUCAGCUUGUAUUUCUCAAUAUGUGGGAUUCUCAUUUUACUCCAUGGAAGUAGAAAAGUAUAUUGAGCAAAUAAAUUUUUUGAGAAAAC